AUGGCACCUCCAUGUGCCAUCGACCCCUCACCUGAGGUCACAGCUAUCACAGAUACCGCUGCUGUUACCCUUCCGGACUUCUUGGCCGCACCCAUUCAGUCAAACGAGAUAGGCAAGAGGAGGAGAAAAGCAAGAGAGGGUCAAUGGGGAAUUGCUGCACCGUCGGACACAAGGGACUUCAGGUUCAGAAACUAUGAAGGCAAACCGAAGGCCAAGCGAUGGGACCAUUACUUUAGCCAUGAAGCCAGAGUCCGCAAAGGUAACAGGCUCAAGGGUGCGGCCAAGUUCCUGACAAGCAAGCCCGGAAUCAUCAGCUUGGGUGGCGGUCUGCCAUCCAGCGAGUACUUUCCAUUUGAGGAGGUUUCGAUCAAAGUACCGGCGAGGGGCAAGUUUUCAGAAGCCGAGACCAAGGAGUCGGGCGUGGUCAUUACCGCUGGGAAACACGACCUUGCCAACAUGAAAUCGACCUACGAUAUUGCAACAGCUUUCAACUACGGCCAAGGGUCAGGAUCAGCACAACUUCUUCGAUGGGUAACUGAACACACCGAAUUUGUUCACAGCCCACCGUACCAGGACUGGCAAUGCACCCUGACCAUUGGAAGCACAUCUGGCUGGGACAUGACUCUCCGCAUGAUGACCCGACCAGGAGAUUGCAUCCUCGCCGAAGAAUACACUUUCUCCGCUGCUGUCGAAACUGCCCUACCACUAGGCGUCCGCAUGGUCGGCGUACCGAUUGACUCAGAUGGCCUCAUUCCUGAAGCGAUGGACGACAUUCUUACAAAUUGGGACGUCAAUGAGAGAGGAGCUCGCAAGCCGCACUUGCUCUACACGAUUCCGACUGGUCAAAAUCCCACAGGAGCAACGAUCAGCGGACCCAGACGACGUGAGCUCUACAAUGUCUGCCAGAAGCAUGAUAUCUUCAUUGUAGAAGACGAGCCCUACUUCUUCCUCCAGAUGCAACCAUACACCGGCCCCAACGCACCCGACGUACCGCCACCAGUCAACCACAACGAGUUCCUGAAGACGCUCGUUCCUAGCUUCCUCAGCAUGGACACAGAUGGGCGCGUCCUCCGCAUGGAUUCUUUCUCCAAAGUAAUGGCACCAGGUUCCCGCAUCGGUUGGAUCACUGCCUCCGAGCAGUUCAUCCACAAGUACCAGCAGUAUGCCGACGUCUCAACGCAAAACCCCUCCGGAAUUUCCCAGCUCGUUCUAUUCAAGCUCCUCGAUGAGCAUUGGGGCCACGACGGCUACCUCGACUGGCUAAUCCACAUGCGCAUGGAGUAUACCAAGCGACGCGACGUCAUUCUAGGCGCUUGCGAAAAGCACCUGCCACGCUCGAUUGUGUCUUGGAAUCCACCCAUGGCGGGAAUGUUUCACUGGAUGAAGGUCGAUUUCAAGCAGCACCCAGACUACCCGCAGAAGAGCAUCGAGACGAUUGAAGAGGAGAUCUUCAUGCGGGUUAUCGAUCACGGAGCGCUCGUCAUGCGAGGGAGCUGGUUCUACGCGAGUGAGGAGGAUGCGCAUGAUACGCUGUUCUUCAGGGCGACGUAUGGAGCUGCGAAGGCGGAUCAGAUCGAAGAGGCAGUAAGGAGGUUUGGUGUGGCGAUUAGGGAGGAGUUCGGAUUGGACAAGGAGAUGGAUGAGAAGGUCAACGGGUUGAUCACUCCGGAGGGCUAA